UUCAUUUUCAUUCAUGUUAAUUCUUGUUUUAUCAUUCUACUUUUAACUUUUGAAUAAAACGUACUUUAGUUUGUUUUUGUUGUAACCAAGACUUUAUAUUUAAAAAGUGGUGUCAGAAGUGGGAUUCUAAAUGCGAAUUCCACAGUGACCAUGAAUCCUGAACAAAUUGAACCGUUGACGAAUGUGAUUGCAGAUGCUAUCCGGCAGGCAGUACAACAGGCAACACAGGCGGUAUUGAACAGUGUCCCACAUCAACAAAUUUCUACGAAUCCAAAGCCACCACCAUUUUCUUUCUCGGAGUAUAGAUCUACAGACGAAAUUACAGUAUGUGAUUAUUUUACCAGACUCGAAUGGGCUUUAAAAUUAAGCAAGAUUCCUGAAGAAGAAUACGCGAAUUAUGCCAGAGUGAAUAUUGGUGCCGAAUUGAAUAACGCUUUGAAAGUGCUGAUGAGCCCACGAUCUCCUGAUAACGCUACAUACAGUGAGUUAAAGAACGCAUUGAUAUCACAUUUCGAUGCUGAGAAGAAUAAGUACGCAGAAAGCAUUAAGUUCCGACGAACGUUGCAGGAAAAUGGUGAAACGAUGGCAAAUUUUGCUUUGAGGCUUAAACAGGCAACAUCAUUCUGUGAGUAUGCGGAAUUCCUUGACAGAAUGUUGAUUGAACAAUUUUUAGUGGGAUUGAAAUCACAACCCAUUUGUGAUGAGAUCAUUGCGAAGAAACCUUCUACGUUUAGAGAGGCAUACGAAAUUGCUCACGCUUUGGAAUCAUCUCAUCAGACGACAACUGACAUGAAAACAUCAGUAACAUUACCCCAAUCUGCUGACCUCACGAAUAAAGUAGGUACUUUUUCACAACGAAGGAACGAGAGAAAGCACGCCCCUAAUAUGAGACAAGGUGACAAUCGUAUCAAGAGAGAUACUAAUGAACAGAAGGGGUCGAAUACGGUUUGUUAUGGUUGUGGUGGCCAGCAUCAAAGGAAAGGAUGUAAAUUUUUGAAUGCUACGUGUUAUAGUUGUGGAAAGACAGGCCACAUUUCUAGAGUGUGUAAUUCGAAAACAUCUCAACUGACCGAGGAGCCCGAAACUGAAAUAGACUUCGUGGAGAGUAUUCAUAAAUUAAAUGACGUGAAAACAUGUAAGAGAAUGAUAAGUACAACUAUAAAUGGUACCGCCAUCCAAAUGGAAUUGGACACCGGUGCUCCAUGCGGAAUGAUAAGCAAGAUUGAAUAUCAGCAAAUUAAAGCUACUGGUCGUCUGCGGAGGACGGAUAGAAAUUUUUGCAGCUACACGGGUCACAAGAUACAAUGCUUGGGUCGGGCACCAGUGAACGUCAAGGUGGGUGCAACAACUCGCAGACUUAAUGUUUAUGUAGUUGAUGGCAAAUUCGACUCCCUGUUUGGAAGGGAGUGGAUUUCACAGUUUACGGAGGAAAUCGAUUUUAGGAAACUAUUUUCGACAUCGGAUCAGCAGAUUUUGAAUUCAUAUGACGAUGUCUUUGGCGAAACAGCAGGUAAAUUAGUCGGACCACCCAUAAAAUGCCAUUUUAAACCUGAUAUUACACCGGUAUUCUCAAAAGCGAGGGAAAUACCAAUUGCACUGCGUGAAUCCUAUGCUGCCGAAAUCGAUUCCAAAAUAGCAUCUGGGUUUUAUGAACGCGUUGAAUUCUCGGAAUGGGCAUCGACCACACAUGUCGUCACCAGGAAGAACGGUAAGAUUAGAGUCACGGGCAAUUAUAAACCCACACUGAAUCCGAGGAUAAUUAUAGACGAAUACCCAAUUCCCCGUGCUGAACAUCUGUUUAACAAAAUGAGUGGGGCCAAAAUUUUCUGUCAUCUUGACAUUACUGAUGCGUAUUCCCACUUACCAAUAGAUAGAGAAUUUAGUCACGCCUUGACACUUAAUACGCCAACACAUGGACUCAUUCGUCCUACCAGGGCCGUAUACGGUGCGGCAAAUAUCCCUGCCAUAUGGCAGCGACGAAUGGAAACGGUGUUACAGGGCGUUGCGAAUGUAUGUAAUUUUUUUGAUGACAUGUUAAUUUACGCUGUCGAUUUUGAUGCUAUGCUUCUUGCCCUUCAGACAACACUAGACCGACUACGGGAACAAGGACUGCGCCUUAACCGUAGUAAAUGUGUAUUUGCGGCUCCCGCUGUUGAGUUUCUUGGACACAAAAUUGAUUCUAACGGCAUUCAUAAAUCGGAUAAACAUAUUGAGGCGGUUAGAGAUGCACCCAAACCCACGAAUGUAGAGGAGCUUCAACUGUUUUUGGGCAAGGCUACGUAUUACAGUGCAUUUAUCCCAAACUUGUCCACUAGAGAUCGGCCGCUCCGAGAUGUACUUUUGAAUGAUGAAUUUAUCUGGACGGAUGCAGCAGAGGAUGCAUAUCAAGAUAUUAAAAAAGCUUUAAUAUCACCUCAAGUGCUUAUGCCGUAUGAUCCGAGCCUACCUCUUGUUUUGGCUACGGAUGCGAGCAAAACUGGCCUAGGUGCUGUUUUGUCACAGCGAGUUGCCAACAAACUGGAAAGACCAGUGGCGUAUGCAAGCCGCACUUUAACACCCACGGAACAGAAGUACCCCCAAAUGGAUAAAGAGGCCCUGGCCAUCGUUUGGGCUGUCCAGAAGUUUUUCUUGUACUUGUAUGCACGACAUUGGACUUUAGUCACCGACCACAAGCCUUUGUCCCAGAUAUUACACCCUCACAAAUCGUUACCAGUAUUAUGCAUCAGCAGGAUGUCAAAUUAUGCAGAUUUUUUAUCAAAUUUUGAUAUUGAAUUUAGAAAUACCAAGGCCAAUAUUAAUGCGGAUUAUUGUUCUAGAGCAAUCCGCAACGACACAAUAUUACAAAUCCAGACUCAUGAUCCCAAUACAACACCAAAGUGGGAUUACGAUGGCUUCGAUAAUUUUAUGAUCAACCAGAUAAGACAACUUCCCGUAAGAAACCAAUUAGUUGUUCGUGAGACAUCUAAAGAUGAGCACUUGGGACAUAUUUUACGCUUACUUGAAGAAGGAAAGAAUUUGAAACAAUAUGGAUUCAGAGAACCUGAAACUAAUUACAAACUCACUACUGGCUGCCUUACUUAUGAUCACAGAGUUGUAAUUCCCGACAGCCUUCGUGGACGAAUACUGGACGACCUGCAUACUGCACACCUGGGUGUCGUUAAGAUGAAAGGGCUGGCGAGAUCAUUUGUGUAUUGGCCUGGCAUCGAUGCUGAUAUAGAGAACAUUGCUCGAAAAUGUGCUGACUGCGCUCGUAAUGCCCACAACCCAGCCAAGUUUCGCCAACACCACUGGGAAUAUCCCAAAGGACCCUGGGAGCGUAUCCAUGUUGACUACGCCGGUCCUUUUGAAGGCGCAAUGUUGCUAAUAAUUACUGAUGCUUUCAGUAAGUGGGUCGAGGUGAAGAUUACUAACUCAGUCAGCACUGCAGCGACGGUAAAUGUGCUUGAUGAGCUUUUUGCUGCUUACGGGGUUCCCGUUACCAUUGUUUCUGACAACGGAACUUGCUUUACUUCCGCCGAAUUCAGAAAUUAUCUCGGCAUUGUUGGUGUUAAGUAUCACAAACGAACAGCUCCUUACCAUCCAUCAAGCAACGGACAGGUGGAAAGAUACGUGCAGACCGUUAAGGAUGCCUUAAAGAAUAUGGGCACAACCAGACGCACUCUUCAGGAAAACCUCAAUGAAUUUCUCAGACAAUAUCGAAAAGCCCCACACUCAACAACGGGUCAGUCCCCUUCACAAUUGUUUUUAGGCCGUACUAUUCGUACUCGAUUGGAUAUCGUCUACCCUACGGACAUUCCAACCUCAGUUAUGGAAAAGCAAUACAUGCAAUUCACACCAACGUAUAGAACAAUUGAUAAAGGCGCAAGGGUACAGUUUUUGUCUGGAAAUCCACGAAUGGAAAAGUGGUUGUUUGGCACUAUGUUAACACGCUUAGGUGACUUGCAUUACGAAGUGGACUAUAAAGGUAAACGUGUUAAACGUCAUAUAGACCAAAUAAGGAAUACUGGUGUUCCUGAUGAAGGCGAUGUUACUAGCAGAACAACACCCAAGACACAAACCAGCAUUCAAGAUCCAGGUAUUAGAAGAUUUUCCUCUAUUCAAAUGUCACCACAAGGCAGGAGUGAAGUGUCUGGAAGCGACUUGAACUACUUCACACCAACCCAACUCAGCUCAUAUUCAAGAACAACAACAACGGAAGGAAGUGAGUGCCAUACUGGUAGUGAACUAGCCAACCAAAGUCCAGGAAAGGAAGUUCAGCCAAUCCAACCAAAAUUAGAAGCAGCAACUACACAUGAUGGGAACCCUGGAUCCUCUUCAUCACAGCGGUCUAAUAUUCCAGUACGCAGGUCGACAAGGAUCAGAAAAAGGCGCCUUAUUUAUUCUCCGUAGGUGCCAAUGAUGAAGGGGAAGAACUUUCUAUCUAUCUAUCUAUCUAUCUAUCUAUCUAUCUAUCUAUCUAUCUAUCUAUCUAUCUAUCUAUCUUUCUAUAUAUCUAUCUAUCUAUCUAUCUAUCUAUCUAUCUAUCUA